AUGUUUAAAUAUAUUUGUUUAAUUUUUAUUCUUAUUUUAUGUAGUGUAAAAAGUCAAAUUUUAGAUGCAAAUGAUAAAAGUAAUCUUGAUUUACUUUUAACAAACUUAAAUUUAAUUUCACAAUUUGAUAAAACUAGUUAUUGUAAUUCACCAAAAACAGAAUCGAAUUCUAUUAUUGAAUGUCAAAAUUUUAAUAAUGUUUAUUAUGUUUCAAGUUUGACAUUAAAUACAACAAGUUCAUAUUUAUUAAAAGCAAAUGAUAUCAAUGUUUUCACAAAGCUCUCAAAGGCAAAACUUUAUAAUUUAAAUUUUUCUGAUGAUUUUUUAAAUAAUCAAACUUUAGUUUCUAUUGAAAUUUAUAAUCCUCAUCCUAUUGAGAGUUUGUUUUCUUCUAUUGUAAGUGGCACUUUUGUGGAAAUUGGAAUUUAUGAUGUUAAAUCACCAAUUACAUUGGAUAUUCAUUUAUCAUAUAUUAAAGGCAAUUUAAAUUCAUUUACACUUCAAACAGAUAGACUUGAUCCAUUAAAUAGUAUAACAUUAAUAAAUGACCUCCUUCCAAUGACACAAGUCAAUCAAAUACCAAAUAUGGAAAUAGACAAUUUAAAGAGUAUUCCUGAUAUGAGUAAUAUCAAAAGUAAAUCACUUUUUAUGAAUUCAUUUACCGAAUCAACAUUAGGUUUGAAUAAUUUAAAUACUCUUUCACAUAUUUCAAGUGUUACAAUUAAAUUUGCAACUUCUACCAAACCAACCGAUUUUAAUCAAUUUUCUUCAAUUCCAAUAAAUAAUGAAAUUAGUUUAUUAGACUUUACAGGGGCACUUUCAAAACCAACAUCAAUAAUUAAUUUAUCAAAUUUAACAAAUUUAGGUCAAUUUAGUAUUAAAUCUAUCUCCAAUAAUUUUAAUAUUGAUGGAUCAGUUCCAUUAAUUUUACCAGCAAACAUUAACACUUUAACAAUUAAUAAUGGAUUAUUUGAUGGUGAUAAAUCUAUAGAAUUUUUAUUGACUAAUUCAAAGAUUCCUUCAAUUGAUUUUUCAAAUAAUUCAAUUGACAGUAAUUUUACAAAUUGGAUAAAUAAUAAUAAAUUCUCAACAAUUAAUAUUGGAAAUAACAAAUUGUAUGGAAAUGUAAACCCAUCUUGGUGUUCAGCAAAAAAUCUUAUUAUUUCAAAUAAUAAAUUAUCAGGCGAACUUCCAACAUGUUUCACUUGUCAUUUCCAAGCUUCAUUUAUUAAAAGUAAUUUUAUUGGUAAUGAUUUUACUAAUAUAGAGACACCACAACCACUUUGUACAACAUUAAUUCCAAAUCUAAGAUAUGAUACAAGUACAAAGAUUUUAACUUUAUAUGGUAAAGAUUUAGGAUUUGAUCCAAAACAAAUAAAGACAAAGGAUGUAAGCAUAGAUUUCGAUGAUAAAAAUUAUGUUCCAUCGGAAUUUUUUACUGCUAUUUAUAAUGAUGAUCCAAGUGCAUUACAAUUUUUAGAUAUAACAUUUACAACUGCUGCUCAAACUUAUAGAGUAUCAACAGUACAAAAUCCACCAUUAGUUACUAAAAUAGUACCAUCAAAUCCAUUGAAUACAUUAUCAUUUGAAGGUUCAUUUUUCAAUUAUAAUAAAUCUUCAUUUAGUGUUAAAGUUGGUACCAAUUAUUGUGUGGUAACCUCGGCUACAUUUUAUGGUAUUGUUUGUACUCUUUCAAAUCCUUCAUCAUCAUAUGAUCCAAAUGCAAUUGUUUCAGUUACAAUCAAUGUUGAAGAUUACACCAAAGAUUAUAAAUUAACAGUUUUAACUACAAAUGUAUAUACAUACUUAAAUAAAACAUCCACUGUAACAGAUUGUACAACCAAUUGUACAUCACAAGGUAAAGUUUGUAAUACUUUAGAUGGGGUUUGUAUUAAAGAAUGUCCAAAUCAUUGUUCAGGACCAUCACAUGGUACUUGUGAUAUUAAUACUGGUGAAUGUAGCUGUACUUCAAAAUUCCUAGGUGAUGAUUGUUUGACACCAGCAGUACCUUGUCCAAAUGAUUGUUCAAAUGCAGGUUCAUGUAAUAAAGCAAAUGGUGUAUGUACAUGUAUUGCAAAUAGAUUGGGAUUGGAUUGUAGUGGUAUUGAUUGUACAAACACUUGUGAACAUUCUUCAACAUGUGAUACAACUAUUGGUGUUUGUAAAUGUGUACCAAAUUAUCAAGGUUCAAAUUGUACAAUUCCAUCCCACUAUAUCACAUCAGUAAUUCCUUGUACAAUCGAUGGUGGUGAGGUUUCAAUCAAUGGUUGGUUUGGUAAUGACCAAGAUAAUCAUUUAUUAACAUCAUAUAUCGUUAAGAUUGGCACUUUACCAUGCACUGUAUCGGCAAUAAACACAACUACAAUUACAUGUAAUGUCGGCGCUGGAACUGGUACAAAGAAUAUCAUAAUCACAAAUUCACUUUAUCCAACUAUUUUCUUCAAUGGUGUUGGAUUAUUCAAUUACCAAAAUCCAAUUAAAACUUGUCCAAAUAGUUGUACCAGCGCAACCAAUGGUAAAUGUAAUACUGUUACAGGUGAUUGUCAAUGUAACGAUGCCUAUACUGGAUUCGAUUGUAGUACAUUAAAAUCCACUACAACAACACCACCAACCAAUUCAUCAGUUGAUACAUCUGGUAACACCACCCUCUCCAAUCAAUACACAACCUAUGAAAUAUCAAUCAUUGAAUUAAAUGAAAUAUCAUUCGAUGGUUCAUUAGUUAUUUCAUAUCCAUUAUACAAGAAUUGGUCAUUUAUGAAAAACAAUACAGAUUUAAAUACAUUCAGAUUCAAUCAAACUUUAAAAAAUAAUACAUGUACAAUAAUUUAUACCGUUGAGGAGAUUAAAUCAAAUGAAAAGAGUUUUACAUUUGGAAUGGCUUCAUUCACACUUAAAAAAGGUGCGAUUAAAUUAUCAGUUUUAAUUAAAGAUUACCAAUAUCAAAGUACAUUGAAUACAUUGCAAUUAGUAUUCUACUCAACAUCUGGAAAUGACGUUGAAACUGAUUGUAAUCAACAAGAAUCUUUAACUGAUACAACCAAUGUUGAUAAUCAACAAUUAUCAAGUUAUAUUCAAAUUACUAAAAAUUCUAAAAAGUUAGUUGGUCGUUUCAUUAAUCAAGUGAUUGCAGACUCAAGAUCAACUUUUAUGUCAAGUACUAUUAUUAAAAAUGAUGAUUCAUCAAUUACACUUGGUCUAAAUCUUCCACAUUGCAAUGAAUGUUUAAUUGAUCCUGAUUUUUCAGUAUUGGUUACUGAUGAUUUCCAAGAUUCAUGUGGUAAAUCAACUAGAAAUAAAUGGGUAGUUCCUGUUGCCGUUGUAAUACCAGUUGUUACUAUUGCUGCCAUUAUAGUAAUAGUUUCAAUUUUAUAUAGAAAAAAUAGAAUUGGUAUUAAAGUUUUUAAAACAAAAUUAAAAUCUUUAAGAUAA